UGGCAACAUCGUUCAUCCAGCGCCAUCUAUCGUGCUGACGUAAGCGGUUGCCCCUACUCGGUGGUGAGGCGUGGCGAAACAAACGGCGCGGGCUCACUUUUGGUCUAACCGUGCAACGGACGACUUGCUCUUGACUCCCAAUUAUCAAAAAUUGUUAAAACAUUUAAUUUAAAUUAACGAAUAAUUAUCUAUUUUAUUUUAAGUACGUUGUGUGAUUUGAUUAAAGGUUCGAAUUAGAUUAUCGGUAAAAGAAGUGUGAAUUUUUCUCCACGUCAUGGGACGUCACGGACGUCGUCGUAAACGUGCCCGAUCAUCGUCGAGUAGCAACAGCACGGUGUGCUCGAGCUCUCGAACCCCGUCGCCUCCGCCUAGAAAGAAAUCUAAGGUAUCACGUCGAAAAGAAGCUAAAACUGUGAGUACCUUGAAUAAUAUUAUUCCCGAGUUUGACCCUUUAAACGACGACAUUAAUGCAUGGCUUAGUAUUAUACAGACGUACGCUAUGACUUUCGGUUGGUCCGAUGAGACGAUACGUUAUCAAGCACUGAAUAAGUUAAAAGGCUCGGGUAAAGUCUGGUACGACUCGUUGUUACGUACGGAUAGUCAGUGGCCCACUUGGAAAUGGAGCGAAUGGCAUCGCCGCUUAGCUGAUAGUUUCAAAAUUCGACGCAAUAUGUUCGAGCUAUUAAAAGAAAUUGUUAAUAAAAAACCUUUAGAAAAUCAGUCUUUGUACGAGUUCUAUUUCGAUAUUAAAUGUAAAAUAGACAGACUGUCAUUAAACUUUACGGAGCAGGAUAAAAUUUCUAUUAUUGUCGGGAGUAUUGGAGAUAACAAUAUAGGAGCGUCUAUUGAAGCUAGUAAUUUUAAAUCUUGCCAUGAUUUAGCUAGUUAUCUUCAUGGCCGCACUUUCAAAUCAAAAAAUACGAAAACUAAUUUUAAUACUACUCGCGACACUCAACAAAAAUCUGCUGACCUAUUGAACAAUUCUUCUCAACCUUCGACGAGUAUACCCUCAAAUAGUACAAAUAAGGAUGUAAACUCAAACAGUACACCUGAAACUAGCCAAAACGGCCCGGCACAGACUCGGAAAAUUAUUAAAUGUUACUCAUGUGGCGGAAAUCAUAAAAGAAAUCAGUGUGAUGUUAAUAAAUGUAAUUUUUGUGGAAAAAGGGGACACCUUGAAUCUGUCUGCCUUCGUAAAAAAAGUAUAGGAUUGAUUAAACCGGAAGUAGAAGAAACCAAAGUUAUUUCGUCUGAUAAUUCGCGGAAUAAAUUUGUUAAAGUAAUCCAUAUUGAUAAUUUCGCUCAUGAGGCAUUUAUUGAUACUGGAAGCAGCUGUUCUCUAGUUUCCGAAUCUGUGGUGGAAAAAUAUUCCUUAAAAACGAACACCCUCCCUUCGCCGGUUUUGUUACAAGGAUUUUCUAAAGAUAAUUCGAAAUCUGUUAGCCAAAAGGUUACUGUCAGUUUGAAGGUAGACAAUGUAAUAUUGUCAGAUGUCGAACUUUAUGUUAUUGACGAACUCUUAAAUUGUGAUAUCCUUAUUGGCCGCAACAUAACAGAGCGUAAUGAUUUAAUAUACUCCAGGGUCGGCACAUCUUUUACAUUUGACUAUGCAAACACUUUUACUGAGUUUUGUAACACUAUCGAUGAAACUAAAAUUGAUACUGACACUAACUUAAGAGAAUUAAUUUGUUUAUUUAAAUUAUACAGUAAGUGUGUUGCGUCAGAUAUCAAAGAGUUAGGAAAAGUUAACAACCAUGAAAUGGUUAUUACCGUAACAGAUUCUCGUCCGGUUCAAUGCAGACCUUUUCGCUCCUCUCACGCAGACAGAAAAAUUAUUCGAGACAUGGUAUCAGAUUUAUUAGAAAAUAAAAUAAUUCGCCAGAGUAAUUCUCCUUACGCGAGCCCGGCUCUACUUGUGAACAAAAAGAAUGGUGAGAAAAGACUCUGCAUUGAUUACCGAGCUCUAAAUAAAAUAACUAUUAAGGAAUAAAUACCCAAUGCCUAGAAUCGAGGAUCUUGUUGACAGGUUACAGGGCUAUAAAUGUUUUACUAGUUUAGAUUUAAAAAGUGGGUAUUACCAAAUACUUAUGAGUUCACAGUCAAUCGAGAAAACAGCAUUUAUUACAGAGGACGGUCAUUACGAAUUUUUGAGGCUUCCUUUUGGUUUGGCAAAUGCACCAUCCUGUUUUCAGCAGAUGAUGAACAAAGUGUUAGGUAAUUUGAGGUUCGAAAAUGUUAUAGUCUACUUAGAUGACGUUUAUCUGCUUACGCAAACUGUCGAGGAAAACUUUAUUUUAUUGGAAAAAGUUUUAAAAAUAUUUAUAAAUAAUGGGUUAACUUUGAACCUUAAAAAAUGUCAUUUCUUUAAGAGCGAGAUAGAGUUCCUAGGUUACAAAAUAAAGCUAAAUUGCGUUAUGCCAAAUGAAGUCAAGGUGGAAGCAGUUAAGAAUUUUCCGGUACCAAAAACGGUGCAUCAGUUACGUCAAUUCUUAGGACUUAUUAAUUACUUUCGCAAAUUCAUUAAAAAUUGCGCCAUCAUUUCGGCACCUCUCACUAAGUUGCUAAAGAAAGAUGUUCCCUGGUUAUGGGAUAGUGUACGCGAUCAAGCAUUUCAGUUUCUUAAAGCUAAAUUAACUUCCAAUAGUGUUUUAUCGAUCUUUGACCCCAACAAGGAAAGCAUUUUGUAUACAGACGCCAGUCGCGAUGGCGUUGCGGGUAUACUUGUUCAAGUUACUGACGAAGGAGAAAAACCCGUAUAUUACUAUAGUCGUCAAACAACUGAGGAUGAAAAGAAAUAUCACUCCUUUGAACUGGAGCUUCUAGCAAUUGUAACUUCCCUUAAAAAAUUUCGCCUUUAUUUGUUAGGAUCUCCAUUUACCAUUGUAACCGAUUGUAACGCAGUCAGAUACGCGUUGACUAAAAAGGAUAUUAUUCCCCGUGUUGCACGGUGGGUCCUCUCGACCCAAGAGUUUGUGUACGAAAUCAAACAUAGAGAAGGUACACGUAUGCAGCAUGUUGAUGCCUUAAGUCGGAACCCGGUUCCUUCUGGUGAGAGAUCGGAAAAAGAAAUAAUACUAUCGAUUACGGAAGGAGAUUGGUUACUUUCGGUACAAGUACAAGACCUUGAUAUAGUAAAUAUAAAAACAAUU